AGCAUCACAGCAACAAUGGCCUCAUCAGUCCUGGGGAUGGUCAAGGAGGAGGUGACCUGUCCUAUCUGUCUAGAGCUUCUGAAGGAACCUGUGAGUGCCGAUUGUGACCACAGCUUCUGCCGAGCCUGCAUCACUCUGAACUAUGAGUCCAGCAAGGGCAAAGAAGGGGAGGGCGUCUGCCCUGUGUGCCGAGUGUGUUACCUGUUUGGGAAUCUGAGGCCUAUUCGACAUGUGGCCAACAUAGUGGAGAGGCUCAAGGAGUUCAAGUCCAGCCCAGAGGAGGAGCAGAAGGUCAAUGUCUGUGCAAAGCAUGGAGAGAAACUCCAGCUCUUCUGUGAGAAGGACAUGGUGGCCAUCUGCUGGCUUUGUGAGAGAUCUCAGGAGCACCGUGAUCACCAAACAGCUCUCAUUGAAGAGGUGGCCAAUAAGUACAAGGGGAAGCUCCAGGCUGCCCUGGAGAUGCAGAUGGCUAAUGAGGAAAGAUGUGACCAGUGGGAAGACGACCUUCUAAAGGAGAGAACUUCCUGGGAGAAGCAAAUACAGAGGGAUGUAGAAAAAGUUCAGAAGGAGUUUAAAGGACUGCGGGACUUCCUGGACUCCAUGGAGAAGAAUGAGGUGGAGAAGCUGAUGAAAGAGAAGGAAAUCAUUCUGUAUAUCCUCAAAGAUUCUCAAAUUGACAUGGAGUUCCAAAGGAAGUCAGUGAGAGAACUCAUCUCAGAUCUGGAGCAUCGGCUGCAGUGCUCAACCAUAGAGAUGCUGCAGGGUGUGAAUUGCAUUUUAACAAGGAGUCAGAACUUAAGACUGAAACAGCCCCAAAUGGUCGCAAGUAAACAGAGAAAGACCUGCCGAGACCCAGAUCUGGAAGGCAUGCUGCAAAUAUUUCAAGGGUUCCGGGAAGCCCAGCGCCACUGGGUACAUGUGACCCUGCAUCAACUCAACAAUAAAAACAUUGUCAUUAACGUGGACAAAAGACAAAUACAACAUAGAACUGGUUAUAGAAGAACUUUGCAAGUUUCUGAGUCCUAUGAUUUAGGUGUCCUAGGGUAUCCAGCUAUCCACUCAGGGAAACAUUACUGGGAAGUAGACGUGUCUAGAUGUGAUGCCUGGCUCCUGGGAAUAAAUGAUGGAAAAUGUGCUCAACCCCAGCUUCCUUCAUUGAAUCAACAGGGCGUGAAAGCCAAAUAUAAUUCUGAUGUUAACCAACAUGUAAAUUAUCAGCCCAAAUGUGGCUACUGGGUUAUAGGGAUGACAAACAGGUCUGUAUAUGAAGCCUUUGAAGAGUGUUCUGUAACCCACAAAGCCCGUAUCUUGGUCUUCUCUCUGACUCGUCCUCCCACUCGUGUUGGAGUUUUCCUGGACUGUGAAGCUUGCACUCUCUCAUUUUAUGAUGUUUCCAACCAUGGAGCUCUCAUCUAUAAAUUCUGUGAAUCUUCCUUCCCUAAUGUGGUUUAUCCAUAUUUUAAUCCUAUGGGAUGUUCAGAGCCAUUGACAGUCAGUGGGCCACCCUCCUAAGCCCUCCCCCAUAUCUGCACAGUGUCCCCAUGUCUGAUGUAUCUCAUAUGUCGAAGCUCUGUGGGAUCAUUUUAACUUAUUUUUCUGUCUUUGCUUGCAGGGAACCAUCAAACUGCCUUGGCCUAGCUGCCUUGAGAGGCAUGAUUCAUAUGUUUUUCAUGUUAGAGUCCAUGGCUCCUGGGGUACACUGGGCCUUCCAGUACCCAAGAGAUGAGUGCACUCACCCAGGCAUGA